GUAAAAAAUUCAUAUCAGGAACUUAGAUGGAAAUUUUCUUUUAAAUAGCACCCAAGUAUUAUUACUUUCGCUUAAAGAAAAUUGUGAAAUAAUAAACAGGAGGUUCCUAAAGCACGCUGUUUUUAAGAAAUUUUAUGAUUCAGAAAAUGUUCCUUACCGACAUUUACAACUUCUUCAAAGCGGACGGAGAUAUAUAUGAAACUAAAGCACUUGCCAGAAAUCCAAAAAUUACAGUCUUUAUAGCAUUUACAUAUAUUCUACUAACAAAAUGGUUGAUACCAUGGAUACUGGAAAAACGGAAACCAUUGGAGAUCAAAAGAACCAUAUUGAUAUAUAAUUUUUUGGUCGGCUUAUUGAAUGGCAUUUUGGCUUGCAUGGCAAUAAUUGCGACUGCCGAAAAUUGGAAGAAUAGAUGUACAGUUGAAACAAUUCCGAAACAGCAAAUACACAGAGGCUUGCACAUAAUGUGGUAUGUUUGGAUGACUAAGUAUUUGGAGUUGUUGGAUACGGUAUUUUUUGCUCUUCGAAAGAAGAAGAAUCAACUAACUUUCCUUCAUGUGUUUCAUCACUCAGCAAAUGUUCUCUUAUUUGGGUUUGGUUUUUACAUAAGAACUACUGAUUUCGUAUGCUUGUUUGGUACAGCAAUAAAUACAUCCAUUCAUGUGGUAAUGUAUUCGUAUUAUGCACUAGCAUCUAUUGGACCACAUAUGCAAAAGUAUUUAUGGUGGAAAAAAUAUUUAACACUACUCCAAAUAAUACAGUUCGUUGUCAUUCUAUCAUAUUCUCUUUAUGGAUUUGUGACUGGUUGUGAAAAUUUUGGAAGAUUUAAAAUAACUUUUUACAUUUUUGUUACGCUAAUUUUAGUUUUGUUUAUUAAUUUCUAUACAAAAUCGUAUCAUGCAAAAAAUACUCCUUCUAAUUAUAAAGUAUACUGAUUA